AUGACCGUCAUAAUUAUAGGUCCGCCUCCGGCAUACCGUAGUGUCAGCGGUUCGGUAACCGAGACGGACACAUGGAGCGACUGCUCUGCAUCGUCAGGUCUCGGUAAGCGCCGUGCUAGUUGGACGAAUUUAGUUGAGUCUGAUGAGAAUCUCAACAAACACAAGUUGAACUGCUAUCCGAAAGUGAAACAGAUCAACAGCGCGCAGCCGCUGCCACUAAAGCUGGCCCCGCCCGCGCCAGCAGGCACGUUGGUGCCACCGUCCGCCACGCAGUCGCGGGCGCCAUCCGUGGCGACUGCACCUGUGGCGCCACCGGCCGUCGGCUCGCAUCCGGUCAUGAAGCGCAAUCGACUACAGGAAUGGAAGGCAGCGUGUUCACGUCCAUGCUGCUACAUUUGUCUCUUACUACUUGUACUCGCAAUAAUUGCUGGAAUAAUUAGUGCCAUUGUGCUUACACAAGUGCUCAAGCCACCGAAGACUGCUCAAAUGUCGUGGUUGGCACCGGAAAUGUACCGAAAUGGACAGAACACACCCGUACGGAUAGAAAUGAGGACCGACGACGAUCGGAAUCGUGUUGCCGUGAUCGAUGAAACAUUAAAAGGAAACGGUAAGAGUUCUACGUGCUUCUUGUUGUCUCUCGAUCGGUCGAACUUGCGUGAUGCGGACACGAUGCGCCAUGCGGCCGGAAAUGCGGCACGGCGCAGUUCUCAAACGCAGGGUUGGGCUGAGAGCUGGCAAUACUUGCCGUCGCCAUUGCCAAUGGGGACGCAGCAUAUGUUCAAUCCACCUAUUCCAGAGUGCGAGGGCGCUCGAUGGAUCCAGCUGGAGUACGUUGGAAACAAUCAGAAGAGUGAGCGAAAUUAA